CCGGUCCAUCGCUGGACAAACAGAUAAGUCAUGUAGAAGAAGCUCGCGGCCCGCCAACUCUUUUCUCCGCGUCCGUCUGCAGCGGGACUCGCAGUGGCACUCGCGCGUGCCUUUCUCGCUGCUCUGUGCGCUGUCUCCGAGCAUCGGCGCGUGUUGUGAGGUCAUCUUUGUCGGGCAGUUGUCGUGCGCGGGGACCCGAAACUUGUGAUGCGCUGGUGCGUAAAGGAGGGGCGCGCGUCAAAGUGAGCGCAUGUCACUGCGAGAAAUUGCAUCAAAGAUGUUGCUUUACCACCCACUCGAUAUCGAUUCCAUUACCUCCAAGAGGGUCGCUCUUCGUAUAAAAAGGCACGCGUUAUUUCAAGCACGGCGGCAGUGAGCGCGUCUCUCUUUCAUUGUCGGAACUAUUUGGAACGUCUGCAAGAUUUACUGAGGACAACUGAGCCGCCAUUAAUUUCGGUGACAAGUCAUGCGGGUGGAGAGGAAAUGGCACAUAUUGUUAAGUAUUUUCCUUCUGCUCAUCACUUCGGGUCAGUGCCUGGACAGCAAAGGGGUCAAGCAGAAAGAGAAAAGGACCCUGUUGGAUCUAAUCUUGCAGGUUAUCAGAGACAGCCAGCAGAGCAUUUCCAAGCGCUGCACCAGUGGACUCUUAACUCAAGACACGAAGUUCUCCUCCCGAGAAAAGCCUUUCUUUGCUUCUAGGCUGGAUAACAGCAGACUCAUAGAAAUUGUUCCCCGAGAUGUGAACAUGAAGGAGAAAUUCAUUCAGCAUUUCACAGCAGGACCAGUCAAGUUCUCCUCGGAAUGCAGAACACACUUUCAUAGGAUUUAUCACAACACUAGGGAUUGCUCAAGACCGGCACAUUAUAAAAGAUGUGCGAGACUGCUGACACGGUUAGCGAUGAGUCCCCUCUGCAUGCAGUCAUAAAUAUUGUCCACACAUCUUGGUAGAAGGAUCAAUGUGUCACCAUGGAAGUGCCUUCACAGCAGUUUGAAAGAUUUUGAAACAUUUUGUGCUCAUUUGUGUAUCGGCUGAGUUCUGUGUCACUAGUUACUUUUAAACUGAAAACUCUCUAGCUAUUCAAAUAUAAGUGCUGUUGAAACCAUCAAAAAAACGAUCACAAUGGCUGACCUCAAGCCGUAAGACAUAAAAUAAAUAAAUAAAUAAAAUAUGGACCAAAGCUGGAUGUGAAUAUUUCAUCUAAAGCCAUCAAUUUUCUUCCACCUGAGUGAGCUUGAGUCUCAGGGGUCUCAGCCAAGGGGUGUAGACUCAUGGAUCAACAAACCUAUCAUGAAAACAUGGUUUCAGAUACGUGGAAUUUGCUCCUUUGGUCACUGGCUGGCGACCUUCGGUGAGGAUUGGGCUGCAGAUCAACUUCGAGGAGCUGACCUUGGCCAAACAUUAGAUCUCGAAGUCACUGAACGAGUCUGUUGCCGGUGAGAAGAGUCCAGUCCCUCUUCUGUGUUUCAACAUCAGUUGACCAAUUUCAAAGAGUCUGAUCCAGAAGUGAAGGAGGUCAGCAUCAUCUGUCUGCAGUGCUGGAGCGUGAAAACACCACUUGUUUGAUCUGAAAUGAUUUUGACAGCUUCCUAGUUCAGAUUUUAUUUGAACCAAAAUUUUCAUUCUUGUUUUCUUCUAAAUUUUAAAGCGUUAAAAUCAGAUACAAUUGCGGUGACAUACAAUUCAGCCCAUGAUGUGUAUUUGUUUUCCCCUGAAGACACAGAUGGACUCAAAGCUUGUUUCAAAGUGUCUAUUCUGACCAUGUAUUUUUCAAGUACAUUAAUUUAAUAUUGAAUACAUGUAUUUAUUAAAAGACUGUCUUUAUACUUCACUGUUGGUUUGGCUUUACUGGAGGCAGAGUCUAGUCGCCUCUGCUGAUGUAGUGAAACAUGCCUUAUCUGUUCUGGUUGGUUUUUCAUGCUGUCUUCAUUGCAUUAGAUGUGGCACUUGAACAGUCAGUACUUGUAUAAUGAUGAGGGUUGUGAUGAUGCACUAUAGUAUUGAACAAUAAAAUGACAA